GCUUUUUAAGGCAUCUCCUGAAUUCUCACUAUGUCUGAUGGGGACUAUGAUUACCUCAUAAAAUUUCUAGCACUUGGUGAUUCUGGAGUAGGAAAGACCAGCCUUCUUUACCAAUAUACAGAUGGCAAAUUUAAUUCCAAAUUUAUCACAACGGUGGGCAUUGACUUUCGGGAAAAGAGAGUGGUGUAUAGACCCAAUGGGCCAGAUGGCAUUGGUGGCAGAGGACAGAGGAUACAUCUUCAGCUCUGGGAUACUGCUGGGCAGGAAAGGUUUCGUAGCUUGACAACGGCUUUCUUCAGAGAUGCCAUGGGGUUUCUUCUACUCUUUGAUCUGACAAAUGAGCAAAGCUUUCUGAAUGUCAGGAACUGGAUAAGUCAGCUACAAAUGCAUGCAUAUUGUGAAAACCCUGACAUUGUAUUAUGUGGAAACAAGAGUGAUCUGGAAGACCAAAGAAUGGUGAAAGAAGAAGAGGCUAAGGAACUUGCAGAAAAAUAUGGAAUACCGUAUUUUGAAACUAGUGCAGCUAAUGGGAAUAAUGUAAGCAAAGCCAUUGAAACUCUGCUUGACCUCAUUAUGAAGCGCAUGGAACGGUGUGUGGAUAAAUCCUGGAUCCCAGAAGGGGUAGUACGCUCCAAUGGGCACAGCUCUACGGAACAACUGAAUGAGGAGCAAGAAAAGGGCAAAUGUGGCUGUUAAGUCAGUUACAAUUAAGUUUAAUAUAUAUGGUGAAGUAUAGUACAGUUGCAGCUUAACUGUUUUAACUUAUGGACAAAUCACAUUGUGUAGUUGCUUAAUGAGCUAUAUUAAUUCUUGCUACUAAUUUUUGGUUUUUUCCUCUCAAACAGCAUUGACCUUUGCUUGCAAGAUAUGCAGUUUAUUAGUGAUGGGACAGAGGUUUAACUUGGUGUAGCACUGGAUAUUCCUCUCAUUCUCUAAUUUGGAAGGAAGGGGAGGAAUUUUCUUUGCCAAAUUUGGAAACGUCUCUCUGUAAGGGCAACGAGAAAGGGUAGGCUUCUGAAUUGAAGGAUUUUCAAUUGCCCUUUGAAGGCUCCAUUAACUACACAGACUAGGCAUUUAGAUUAGCUAUUGUGACAGCUCUUACCCUCUACUAACAGCAAGCUUACCAACAUGGUUCUUGGUUUUGAAUAGAAACAUUUUAUCAUUUCAUCAAUCAGUAACAAUCUUAAAAAGCAAAUCCUGUGUUUUCCACAAAUGCCUGUGUGUAGUUUUUCCUUGCUUUCUCAAACCAUCAGUUUUUAGUGAUGAAAACCAAAAGAAAGCUAUUCCAUAUAGAAGAAAAAACUACAGAGGAGCACAAGGGUGCAUAUGUAGAGCACUUUGGGUAUGUCAUGAAAUUGAACAUGUAAACUACAACUGUACUAUAUAAGAUACAUCCAACACAGCCUAUGAGACCUCCUGACAUCAUUUUAAUUUCUAGAACAUGCAUAUACAUAUAUUUAUAUGUAAAUGGCAUAAAUGUACAUCUGUUAUGUUUCUUUUAUGUUACCACUCAUGUUUUAACAGCAAUGUAGGGCAACCUAGACGUCAGCAAAAUUUCUUC